AACACCGAAACAUCAAAAAAAAAAAUAAUAAAAUUGAACGUAAGGCCUCUAUUUACUUUUUGCACUGGUAUUUUUUACAAAAUAUUAGUCAUCCUUUGAAGUUUAGACAAUCUUUGCAACGUUGAAAUCGUAAUUACAUUUUAAUAAAAAUGGGAGAAGAUUUGAAAAUCAGCGAACAGUUACCUAUGUGCCAGAUUGCAGUGUGUUGUGAUAAUGGCUUAGUGAUUGCCGGCUCUUUGUACAGCAGGGGUGGAGAAAAAUUUAAACACAUGAAUGGUGAUUUGCAUCUUAUAAGUUCACGAACUUUUCUAGGCCUAUGUGGUAAUGAAGGCGAUUGUAGUCGCCUAUUAGAACACGUUAAAUUGCGUAAAGAGUUGUAUGAAAAUAAUGAAAACCGUGAAAUGGUACCGGAGGUUAUUGCUAUUGUGAUAUCUAAUUUUUUAUAUGAACACCGCUUUGGUUCCUACAGUGUGGAAGCAAUGAUUGUAAGUUUGCAUCCUAAGACAUCAAAACCCUACAUUUGCAAUAUUGAUCCAAUUGGUGGUAUAAAUGUAAGAAAUGACUUCGUAGCUAUUGGAGGUUUGAAUGAAAUGGAUAGAAACUAUCUCAGCACAAUUCAUCGGGAAGAGAACGAUAUAGUGAAGGCUUUUUCAGAAGCUGUAAUUUCUUGUGAACGAGAAAUAAUUAAGAAGAAUUUAGCAACACUGAAAUAUAAUAAAAAUGAUGUUCUCGCUGAAAACAUUAAAGCAAUGCGUUAUGGCGUAUCUUUAAUUAUUAUUGAAAGUAAUGGAAUUAAAAAAAAGGAUACAUAUGAGAAAAUCGAAAGUGUUCGUAGUAACUCUAGGGAUCCACGCAAUAGAGGAUCAAAUGAAUAAAUAUUAUUAAGAAAAAGAUAACAAAAUUUAUUCGCCACUUUAUAUGUUCUUGUAUUUGUUUGUAUUAUUCUUUAACUUAUUUUAUUGUUCAGUCAUCAUUAAAUUGUAUACUUUUUAUCGCCAUUGCUAAA